UUUCAGAAAAUAAUGUCGAAACAUGAUCAUAAAUAUUUUUACGAGGAUGAGGUUUGGAGAAUACACAAGGGAAACCUGAAGAUUGGUAUGGUUGUGGAGACCUCUGAGUUUACAUCUAGUGAUGAUAGUUCUGAUGACGAGGAUCAGGUUAAGCCUGGAGAUGUCCGUGUAGCCUGGUAUCCUGCUGGAGCAGAGGAAGUUCUGCCAGAGAAGAAAUUGCAUUUAGCAGACAGAUCCCUGAUGCCUGGAGAUAUAGUUCGACGUAUGACUGACAGAGGAAGAGCGGAAAAAGGAAUCUGUAAGAAUGUUCACGUUUACUCUAAUGUCGAGGUUAUUGGAACUAAACAGGUCGUGUUUGGUGUGAAGUCUAAAGAUCUUCUUCCCCUGGAGACCUUCUACGUAGAUAUCCUGAUAUGUCUGGAGGGCUGGGUCGGAGUUAUUCGAGAUGUUACAGCUAAACUCACACUCAGGUUCCCCGACGGUUCCAAAGUUUUAAUCGAUGACAAUUUAGCCUCUGACCUUGAGGACGUUUUUAAUCGCCGUGAACACGAUUCCGAGUUUAUGCGAUACGACUACUACCCGGGUCAGAUCCUGUUUGGUCCUAUCCGUCUAGUAGACUGCGGAGAUUGGAAGGAUUGCUCCACCGAGCUCACCAAUACCCGAAGCAACAAGCCCCACAAAGGAUUCAAGAUGACAGUUGAGGAAGUAGAUUUCCAGCGGAUCACAGUGCGCUGGUUAUGCCGCGCUAAUUUCAGCUCCGAGGACAAAUUAGAACAGCCCGGUCCCAUGGUCUCAGGGCCGGACCUGGAGAAGGUACGGAUGUUGAAUAUUUUUGAAUCCUGCACUCUACAGAUAGGAGAUAGGAACUCGUAUGUGAUAAAAGAUUCAGAUCUACUUCUGUCUAAAUCUGAUUGGAGGAAGUUACAGCUGGAACUCCUGACGAAGCAGGGAGCAAGUCAAGCCGUCGCUAAACCUGCUCCAUCCUCGAAGAACGUGGAGGCCACUGAGGACAAAGAGGGGGAUGGUGAGGGUAGCUCCGAGUACGAGGAUUGUGAGGACUGUUUGGAGAAGGAUACGGAUAGUAAUGUUAGUGAACAGGUCACCCUGGAUACAAGAAAGAAAAAGAAGAAGCACGCCCCGGCACUCAGCACCAGGGGGGUGAAGAAGAAGAAGUUGAAGAUGAGCAGGGCGCAGAGGGACGCGUCUUCCUCCUUCCUGGUCGUUAAGAGCGGGAUGAAAGUUGUCACAGAGGUUUUGUCGACCAGGUCCGAAAUUGACGUAGUUUGGCAGAACGGAAAGGUUGAGAGUGGUGUAGGAUCUACUGAUCUAUACCCUAUCCAACAUCUUGACGAACACGAGUUCUUCCCGGGGGAUUUCGUCGUAGAGUCUAAAGAUGGAUUCCAUCCACAUACCUACGGAGUAGUCCAGGAUGUUGAUUUCAUGGGUAGAUUCUGUCAGGUGAAAUGGUUUAAAACCUACACUGAAGGAGCUCAACCUGAACCAGUUUUCCUAGAGUCUACGCAGUGCAGUGUUUAUGAUCUCAAGGAUCAUCCAGAUUUUAAAUACAGACCUGGAGCCAUAGUUAUCAGGGUUGCUAACUGGGCGGGUGAGGACAGUGGACUAGGAGCAGGACAGGUCCUGGAUACAGAACCUACAGGACUAGUCCGGGUCUGGUGGGCAGGAAUGGAUAAUAUUGGAUUAACAUCAACAUGUUGGCCUCAGGAUAUAUAUAAGGUUGGUGAAUAUGAUUCUGACGAGGGGGAACUAUGGGCUGAGGAUGAGGAUGAAGAAGGAAGUGGAACGGAUGACAGUUGGUCUACUGAGAGUGAGCAUGAGAUAGGUGAAGAGGAACUGGUUGUCCAUGACGAAGCUGCAGAGCUUAAGACCAAGCUGAUCAGUAACGUGGAGAAGGCCGGAGUAACUUUACUACGCAUGGAAGAACUUGUUAAAGAAAAUCCUGGGUUAGAGUCUCCAAGUCUGAUAAAGAAACUGAUUGCUGUCUGCACACACUGUAAACUUCUGGAUAAACUUCUUGGGACUGAUUUCUUCAAUGACUCAAGGUUCCAGGUUCUCCUAGAAAAGAUCAAGGUUAUGGAUAAGAUGUCUACAGUUGAGCGCGCAGUACAGAGUCAGGUUUCUAGACUCUUCUCAACAGAAGACGAGAAUAGUCCCAGGAAAGAGAUGAGGGAGGUUGAGGAGACUAGUCCUGGUAAGGACAGUGGGAUAGAACCUGGAGCUUCUCCUUCCCCCUCCAAACCCAGCUCUGAAGAACCAGGAGUAUGUUUCCAACUUUGUAAAAUAGUGAAAACACAACUUGUAAAGGUUCAUGAAGAGAUAGUGAAAAAGUACGGGGAACAAGAGGUUCUUGCAUUUAAGGAAAAAUAUGCAAACGAACCUGAAGAUCUGAAUGAUUCCAUUGCCUCAGAAUUAUCUAUUCUAGGAUUCCUCCCUCUAGACACACCCGUUUUCCAAAUGUACAGCGCGGACACAUCCCAGGAGAUUUUAUCUCCGGUUAUAGACAAACCCCUAGAGAACAUUAUACCCCUAUCCCCGGGCAGUUUUCAAACAGUAGAUUCAGUCCCGGAUAAUCACAAGUUUAAAUUAACAGUUUUUCAGCCGACUAACAUGAAAACCUUUGUCCGGAGUGUAAAAAGAGAAAUAGCUUUGCUUCAGUCUAGUCUACCUGCCGGUAUUACUGUCAAGGGGUUCGAUGAGAGAAUGGACCUUUUCAGUGCGAUGAUUGAGGGACCGAAAAACACACCUUACGAGGAUGGAUUGUUUUUCUUUGAUUUUCAACUAGGACCAACCUACCCCUCGGUUCCUCCCACCUGUCAUUAUACCUCCUACUGUGCAGAUAAACUGAAUCCGAACCUAUACGAGGACGGAAAAGUUUGUGUUAGUCUGCUGGGAACCUGGAACGGUAAAGGAACUGAAACCUGGACUCCUAACUCCAACCUUCUCCAACUACUGGUUUCAAUCCAAGGAUUAAUUCUGGUGAGAGAACCCUACUUUAACGAGGCUGGGUAUGAGAGGCAGAAAGGAACCCAGGAAGGUUGUGAGAACUCUAGAACGUAUAACGAGAUGGCUGUGUUGAAACUAGUUCAGAGUAUGACAAGGCUAUUACUCAACCUUCCGGAAACAUUCAAUGAAGAAAUUAAAACGUACUGCAGAGCACACGCACCCAGACUUAUUGAAAGAUUGGAGAAUUGGUUGAGUGUAUCACUGAACCCUCCCUCCUCAGACUCCGCCCUACCGGAAAAGUUGCAACUUCCAGACUUCCCUCUCCUCCCUGCCUCCCGAGGGUUCUGCAUCAGUCUCCAAAAAGCUUUAGGAACUUAUAAAUCUGCGCUGAAUGAUUCAGGACUAACAAGUUCAGCUGCUGACAAUGAACCAACUGAAAAAGAUUAAUUUUAAUUCAUCAAAGAAUUUACCAACGCGUUAACUUACAAAUGUUCGUUGAUUUUUAUAAAUGUACAGUCAACACUCAACAUUGUACUUAGCUUUAUACACAUGAUCAACGGUCUUAAUUUUACAAAUGACACAAUUACUGCAAAAUUAUCAGCUUCUUCUAUUAAUCGUGAAUCAGAAAAAACGGCAUGGGUCUUUGAAAUUCUAAAAAAUGUGAUAAUUUUAAUCAAAGUAUUUCAUUUCCUUUUAUGAAAGAACUAAGAAGGAGAAGGAAUGAAUAUAUAAUAUAUAUUUAUAGAUUUAAAGCUUGCUCAAUAUCCCCUAAUAUUUUGCUUGUGAAUAUUUAUGAAAGUAUGAAAUGUACGGAACCAUCCUCCUUACAG